CUCCCAAGUAAUGUUAAUAUUCAUCACUUUAAUAUCAUAUUUUUUUUAAUAAAGAUAAAUAUGAAAUUUUAAUGUUAACAUUCAUCGCUUCUUCAUUUGUUUCUUUUAAGAUUGAAAUAAGAGUGUUAGAAAAAUCUGGAAAGCGGACAAGCAAGAGUUCACCACUCAAAUAUCAAAAGCUUAUGUUAGCAGAUAAAAAGGGUAAUGAUGUUGAAGCAGUAAUAUUUGGCACUGAAAUUGAUGCUAGAGAAAACACUUUGGAAGUGUUCCACACUUACUACAUCAGCAACGCUUAUGUAAAAAAAACAACCCCACCUUUCGAUAAAAAGCGAGACUACAAAUAUUCUUGGACAUUGAACUCAAGAACAGAGAUCGAAGAAAUCCAAACAGAAGACAACCAGAUAUCAGCACCAAACUAUGAUUUCAUUCCGUUUAGCGACCUGCAUACACCUAAAGAAUUCAGCAAACCAAUAGAUAUUUACAAUUUGAUUUUUAUAUAUAUAUGUAUUCCUCAUUGAAAUCCACCAAUGACUAUCAUUAGUUUUCUUAUCUACAAUUUUAAGACUAAUGUUAUCUUCAAUUAUCAACAAUUUAGAGAUUGAUUUUUAAUUUUCUUUUUAUCUUACCCCCAUUUAAGUAAUAUUUAUUUAAGUAUUGGAACAUCAAUUUU